AUGACUGGACUUCGUGGGCACGAGAGACUCAUGUCACGGAUGAAAACCACUUCCGGCGAUGUCGGGGCCAUUCUCAUGGACACCAAGGGGUCUCUCGAUUUGGGAUACACCGUGGAAGACUGCGCGACUGUCUUCGCGAUGUCGAAAACGGCGUGCUCGGUGCUGGAGUGCAAUUCUCUUCAGAUGUACACGAGUUUAUUGCCGUAUCUCUUCGCUCCUAUUGCUGUUCUGUGCGCUCUGCCGUGCGAAUUUUUCUACGUCUUGGGUCUUCACGAUAGGGUUGAAAAAAUUCUUCCUCCGAUUUUCAAACGAUGGUUGUGGAUUCCUUAUAUGCGGAUCAUGCACGGGUACGAGGUUGAAGGGCUGCGGAACUUACCCCCCGAAGGAGAGGGAGCUCUGAUAGUAUACUACCACGGGGUUCACGCACUCGAUAUGAUUUUUGUGACCGGUGUGAUCUACGAGAAGCUGCAGCGCCGAGUUGGAGGAAUUGCUCACCGGGGCCUCUUCAGCGUUCCGUUGCUCAGGAGUAUCCUGACUAUGUACGGCUUCAGCGCCGACGGUCGACAAAAAAUGAUAUCAGACCUGAGAGAAGGUGCUCUGAAAAGCGUAGCUCCCGGGGGAACAUAUGAAGCUAUGUUCAGCGAAAACUACAGUGUGGAGUUCGGAAACCGGUGUGGUUUCGCCUCUGUGGCUAAAGAAGCAGGGGUACCAAUUGUGCCAAUGUUCACAGAGAACCUGAGAGAAUGCCACCGCCAACAUUUUUUCGGCUGCAAAGACUUCUUCAUCUCGAUCUAUGACCGAUAUAAGAUGCCUUGGUUAUGGUCUUGUGGUGGGCUACCGGUGAAAUUGCGGACUCACCUGGGGAAACCUUUGUACUGCGGCGAAGCCGAGUCUGCGGAGGAAUUCGCAAGACGAGUGAGAGAAGCUAUUGAAGGCCUGCGGGACGCCAACCAGAAAAUGGAUAAUUCCAUGGUCCGAGCUCUGGUGGAGAGGUUUGCAUGA